AUGUCGAGUAGGAAUGCGAAUGUGGACGACACCACUCUGACAAGUUCAGGUAACGAUACCGACUUUGUCGAAAGUUAGGAAAAGAGGAGAUGCACGGAAGUCCCUUUUCCUUCUUUUCCACCAAUCCUUUCAUUCUCCGAUUCGUUCCAAGAGUACUCCCUUUUCACAGGGAUCUCAGGCUCCGGCUCAAUGUCGCCGCCCAUCUCUUCCCGUCCUGUCUCCGGACAGGCCUCCCCGCUCUCCUCCAACGGAUCUCUCUCGCCACCGCAAUACGUGCAGGGAUCCGUCGCCUUCACUUCUGAAUCUCCGCGUGAUUUGAGCCCGCUUCUUCUUUCGGUGAGCAAAUGCAACUGCUCACGGAACGAAUAAGUCUUUAGGAGUUGGCGUGCUUGAACAUGCGCGAAGUGGUCGCCAGGCCCGGAUUGGGAACCAUCGGCCGUCAAAUUCUGGUCAAGUCCAACUUCUUCGCCGUCGGCUUGAAGAAUCCGAAGAUGGUUGUGAUCCAAUACCAUGUGGAAGUCCAUCAUCCCGGAUGUCGCAAGCUUGACAAGUGAGCUCUAAUAGAUCAUUCGAAGUAUUUCCGCUCAUGUGUUCAGAGAUGAAAUGCGUAUCAUCUUCUGGAAGGCCGUCUCCGAUUAUCCGGACAUCUUUCAGAACAAGUACGCGAUCGCCUAUGACGGUGCUCACCAGCUGUACACUGUGGCUCGUCUCGAGUUCCCCGAGGAUAAGGGCUCGGUCCGUUUGGACUGCGAGGCCACUCUUCCGAAGGACAACAGGGAUCGCACUCGUUGCGCCAUCUCGAUCCAAAACGUCGGGCCGGUGCUGCUGGAGAUGCAGCGCACCCGGACCAACAACCUCGACGACCGUGUGCUCACUCCUAUCCAGAUCCUCGAUAUCAUCUGUCGUCAAUCGCUCACCUGCCCUUUGCUCAAAAACGCGGCCAGCUUCUACACGUGGAAGUCUUCGUGCUACCGUAUUCCGACGGCUGACGGGCAGGCUCUCGACCUGGAAGGGGGCAAGGAAAUGUGGACUGGCUUCUUCUCGUCGGCCCACAUCGCCAGCAACUACCGCCCUCUUCUUAACAUUGACGUCGCUCACACUGCAUUCUACAAGGCGCGCAUCUCGGUGCUUCAGUUCAUGUGUGACGUGCUCAAUGAAAGAUCGACCAAAUCUAAUCGCGGUAUGCAGCGAGGAGGUCCGGGGGGACCAGUCGGAUACCGUGGAGGACGUGGCGGUCGUGGAGGGGGGUACGGAAACUUUGGAAACCGUGCUGGACCUCCGGGAGCGAACGGAGACGAUUUCGGUUGCGGGCUGACGUUUGCAAUCGAUUCUCUGGGCAAGGAAACUCAGUUGUCGAGCUUCGAAUCACGCAUCUUCGGUGACGCGAUCCGUGGAAUGAAGAUCCGAGCCACUCAUCGUCAGAACGCCGUCCGCGUCUACAAAGUUAACAGUCUGCAACUUCCGGCGGACAAGCUCAUGUAACUAUUUCGCAACCACGGCUUUCACGCGUCAUCGUUUUUCAGGUUCCAAGGAAUCGACGAGAGGGGCCAGCAAGUGGUGUGCUCUGUGGCUGACUACUUUUCUGAAAAGUACGGACCACUCAAGUACCCGAAACUUCCGUGUCUCCACGUCGGACCGCCCACCCGCAACAUCUUUCUUCCGAUGGAACACUGCCUGAUUGACUCGCCGCAGAAGUACAACAAGAAGAUGACGGAGAAGCAGACGAGUGCCAUCAUCAAGGUGAACUAGACUAAUAGAUCUGAUUCUCACAACAUCAUCUCAAUUUCAGGCUGCUGCCGUCGAUGCCACUCAACGCGAGGAACGCAUCCGGCAGUUGGCUUCGCAGGCGUCGUUCGGUACGGAUCCGUUCUUGAAAGAGUUCGGAGUGUCGAUCUCCUCCCAAAUGAUUGAGACGACCGCCCGUGUCAUCCAGCCGCCGCCCAUCAUGUUCGGAGGGAACAACCGUUCGAUCAACCCGGUGGUGUUCCCCAAGGACGGCUCCUGGUCGAUGGAUCACCAGACAUUGUACAUGCCUGCCACGUGUCGCAGCUACUCGAUGAUUGCUCUCGUGGAUCCGCGCGAUCAAGCCAAUCUGCAGGGAUUCUGUCAGGCGCUGACAGCGAAGGCGACCGCGAUGGGAAUGGGCUUCCCGCGUUGGCCGGACCUCGUCAAGUACGGAAGAUCGAAGGAGGACGUGUGCACUCUGUUCACCGAGAUCGCCGACGAAUACCGCGUGACGAGCACCGUCUGCGAUUGCAUUAUUGUCGUUUUACAGUCGAAGAACUCGGACAUCUACAGUAAGAAAAGAGGCGGAACACGGUAAUGUUCUUGCUUUGUUUCCAGUGACCGUAAAAGAGCAGUCGGACAUUAUCCACGGAAUCAUGUCGCAGUGCGUACUUAUGAAGAAUGUGAGCCGUUCGACUCCGGCCACUUGCGCCAACAUCGUGCUCAAACUGAACAUGAAGAUGGGUGGCAUCAACAGCCGUAUUGUCGCCGACGCCAUCACCAACAAGUACCUGGUGGACCAGCCGACCAUGGUUGUCGGAAUAGACGUGACGCAUCCGACGCAAGCCGAGAUGAGAAUGAACAUGCCGUCCGUGGCCGCGAUCGUUGCCAACGUGGAUCUGCUCCCGCAAUCGUACGGAGCCAAUGUGAAAGUGCAGAAGAAGUGCCGCGAAUCGGUCGUUUACCUUUUGGACGCCAUUCGAGAACGGAUCAUCACUUUCUACAGGUUCGGACAGAUAAUCAUCAACUGAUCCUUAACAAACGUUUGCAGACACACAAAACAGAAGCCGGCCCGCAUCAUCGUCUACCGUGACGGCGUCUCCGAGGGACAGUUCUCCGAAGUGCUCCGCGAGGAAAUCCAAUCGAUCCGUACCGCGUGUCUGGCCAUAGCCGAAGAUUUCCGUCCUCCGAUCACCUACAUCGUUGUCCAGAAGCGUCACCACGCGCGCAUCUUCUGCAAAUUCCCGAAUGACAUGGUCGGAAAAGCGAAGAACGUGCCGCCCGGCACCACCGUCGACACUGGCAUCGUCUCCCCGGAAGGCUUCGACUUCUACCUCUGCUCUCACUACGGCGUUCAGGGAACCUCUCGUCCGGCUCGUUACCACGUGCUGCUCGAUGAGUGCAAGUUUACUGCCGACGAGAUCCAGAGCAUCACGUACGGAAUGUGCCACACUUACGGACGGUGCACUCGUUCCGUCUCCAUUCCCACUCCCGUCUACUACGCGGAUCUGGUGGCUACUCGGGCCCGUUGCCACGUCAAAAGACGACUGUAAGCCAAUUGAUUCCUUCUUUAUUUCCACACAAUAUCCCUAUGUUCAGCGGGCUCGCCGAUUCCUCCGACUGCGACACGAACUCGAUGUCCUCUUCGAUCGCUUCGAUGCUCAACUUGAAAUCUGCGAGCGGAAAGGGAAAGAAGUCCCAGACGUCCACCACUGUGGACGAGGACGGUAGGAAGUUAAGAUGACGGAAUGCGACAGGUUAUGAUGAGUUUCAGCUUGCCCGCUGCCGGACGGUUCGUCGGAUCAGGUGCUCCAGGACUGUGUGUCGGUGGCCGGAGACUUCAAGAGUCGCAUGUACUUCAUUUGA